UGUUGCAAUACCCAAGUGAACCGCGUGGAGUGCGUGUGACGUCACGCCGGAACAUAACUCCAGCGCCGUGCACCAGGCGCCUUUUCUCGCUGCUGAACGUUUCAUAUCAAUGGGAAGAGCAAGUGUUAAAAUGAAGCGACGGAUUCAGACCAGCGCCGCUAUCUGACACAUUCCCACUCCCCCACCGUUCGCCUGCAGACUAAAUGUGAUCUCGCCGGCGUGUCGUGGGACGGCUGCCGUGGACUGCAGCUGACGUCAAGGCUGCUCUGGUGGCAGCAUCCGCGGGCAAGAUACAAGUCCAGCCCGCGCAGCAGCCAUGUCGAUGGCUUCCGGCAUACUCCGAUCACUGCCCAUCUUGGUCCUGGCCUUUGUCCUGCCGCUUUGUCAAGUGGCAGCUCAGGAGGAUGUUCAGCGCCAGUCCCCAGCCCAGGUUCUCGAAGACCUGCUGGCCCGCCACGGCGACAACAGCACCAUCACUGUGCCACAGUUGCGCUCCCUGCUGGCCCUGCUCAGCCAGGGCGAUGCCGACGCGGUACGCCAGAAUGUGACGACCACGACCGCGCCGCCCAAACUGAACAACUCAAAGUGCUUGCCGGAGGACACGCUGGCCAUCUACAGCAUGGGCGAGCAGUCUCGUCUGGACGGGCGCGGCUUGCAGGAGUUGUGCCCCACCAUGCUGCAGCAGUUGGACGCCGGUGCGUGCCGAGCCCGCGCUCAAGACCAGCUGGGCAGCGACACCUCGCCGAGGCCCACUGAUGCUGAAGUUGACGGGUGGAAUGGGAGGUGCACUGUAAGGCCGCUGUGCGUGACGCUCAUCUCGCUGUGCUCGCUGGUGGGGGCCAGCGUGGUGCCGUUCAUGAAGAAAACAUUUUACAAGCGUCUGCUGCUCUACUUCAUUGCGCUGGCCAUCGGCACGCUCUACUCCAACGCCCUUUUCCAGCUCAUUCCAGAGGCCUUGGGCUUCGACCCCAUGGUCGACUUCUAUGCGUCAAAGUCCGCUGUGGUGUUUGGAGGCUUUUACCUCUUCUUUUUCACCGAGAAGAUCCUUAAGAUGCUCCUCAAGCAGAAGGACACAGGUCACGGCCACAGUCAUUACUCCAGCGCCGAGCGCUACGCCGCACCCGGCCUAGACGUGGAGGAGGGCGAGAAGCUGCAGCAGAACGGGGAGCUGAGCGCCGGCCACGCUCCGGGCAAAAUGGACGCCGGCGAGGGCGAGCUCAUGCUGCACCCCUCGCAGACCCCGCAGCUGGGCGACUUUGUCAUCCUGCUGAACGCCGGCAUGACCAUCCAGCAGGCGCUCUUCUUCAACUUCCUGUCGGCCUGCUGCUGCUACCUGGGGAUGGGCUUCGGCAUUCUGGCCGGAAACAGUUUCUCCCCCAACUGGAUCUUUGCCCUGGCAGGAGGCAUGUUCCUCUACAUCUCUCUGGCGGACAUGGUCAGUCCCAUCUUCACUGAUUUUUUUUUUUUUUUUUCAAAUUAUCCC